CGGCCCCGGGUGUCCCCGUGACGAGGCAGCGCAGAGCCGCCGCGGGCCGGGCCCAUCCCGCCGCAGCGGCCCCGGGGCCGAGCAGGGACGAGGCGGGGAGGGAGCAGCCCAGAGCGGGGCCCGGAGAGCGGCCAGAAUGGUGCUGGAAGGAAACCCUGAAGUGGGGACCCCCCGAACCUCAGACCUCCAGCACCCCGGGAACAAGGGCUCUUGCAUCCUUUCUUCCAGUGAAGAUGCACAGCCGGGCGAGGAGCCCAUCAAGUAUGGCGAACUCAUCGUCCUGGGAUGCUGUGAGGAAGGAGGUGAGGAAACCGAGGCUCAGAGAGGGGAAGUGACUGGCCCAAGGGCACACAGCUGCUACAAUGGGUGUCUGGCAAGUGGGGACAAGGGUCGUCGGCGAAGCCGCCUUGCACUGAGUCGCCGGCCACAUGCCAAUGGAGUGAAGCCAGAUGUCAUGCACCACAUCUCUACACCCCUCGUCUCCAAGGCACUGAGUAACCGAGGCCAGCACAGCAUCUCAUACACACUGUCCCGGAGCCACUCAGUUAUAGUGGAGUACACGCAUGACAGCGACACAGACAUGUUCCAGAUUGGCCGCUCCACAGAGAACAUGAUAGACUUUGUGGUAACAGACACAUCCCCUGGAGGAGGGGCUGCAGAGGGCCCUUCUGCCCAGAGCACCAUCUCCCGCUAUGCCUGCCGCAUCCUCUGUGACCGCAGGCCACCCUAUACUGCCCGCAUCUAUGCUGCUGGCUUUGAUGCCUCCAGCAACAUCUUCCUUGGAGAGCGGGCAGCCAAAUGGCGGACCCCCGAUGGCCUGAUGGAUGGCCUGACCACCAAUGGGGUCCUGGUGAUGCACCCUGCGGGAGGCUUCUCAGAAGACUCGGCCCCAGGUGUCUGGCGGGAGAUCUCCGUCUGCGGGAAUGUGUACACACUGCGAGACAGUCGCUCAGCCCAGCAGCGGGGGAAGCUGGUGGAAAAUGAAUCCAACGUGCUGCAAGACGGCUCGCUCAUCGACCUGUGUGGGGCCACACUGCUGUGGCGCACUCCGGCAGGGCUGCUGCGGGCACCCACGCUGAAGCAGCUGGAGGCCCAGCGGCAGGAGGCCAAUGCAGCACGGCCCCAGUGCCCAGUGGGCCUCAGCACCCUGGCCUUCCCCAGUCCAGCCCGCGGUCGCACAGCGCCUGACAAGCAGCAGCCCUGGGUCUACGUCCGCUGCGGUCAUGUCCACGGCUACCACGGCUGGGGCUGCCGGCGGGAACGGGGCCCCCAGGAGCGCGAGUGUCCUCUCUGCCGCCUCGUGGGGCCCUAUGUGCCCCUGUGGCUUGGCCAGGAGGCUGGCCUCUGCCUGGACCCUGGGCCGCCCAGCCACGCCUUUGCACCCUGCGGCCACGUCUGCUCUGAGAAGACUGCCCGCUACUGGGCCCAGACGCCGCUACCGCACGGCACCCAUGCUUUCCAUGCCGCCUGCCCCUUUUGUGGGGCCUGGCUUACGGGUGAACAUGGCUGCGUCCGUCUCAUUUUCCAGGGGCCACUGGACUAAGCUCCUGGGGCCUCUGCUGCCGUGCCCGCCUGCCCACCCAGGUCUCCCACCCCCUGCAGCCCAGAUGGAGCUCUGCAUGUGGGACUCUACCUGUUGGCACAUUGCUCACUGGCUGGACACACUGGAUGGGCUGUGACCCUCCCCUGAGCUCUGGUCCCCAAGGAGGUCCCCAAGAUCUCUACCCUAGUCAUACUGAUGAGGGCUUUAGCACCAGUGCUGUUCCAGGCUGAUGGAGGGAGUCAGCCCCAUGCCCCUGCCCUUCCAGGGGCAUCCCACAUCAUGCCGCCUGCACUGUGCCCUUGGGGGAGUGAAGGAGCUGUGGUUCCUGACCCUCAGCUUAGGCUGGCUGUGCCCUGAGCCUGCCAAGUCAGUAGCAGGUAUCUGUCCUUCCUGAUGCUGCCCCGCCGGGUUCCCCUAUAAACCUCGCUACUCAGCUGCCCUGACAAAUCCACGUGUCCCGCGUGCACGCAGUGCCUCCAGCCCUGAGCGAGUACUAGGUGGGCAGUGGGCUGGAGCUGGCAUGUGCUGAUGCCCACCACAGGCUACAGUCUGUGCCAGGUGGCUCUGGGGAUGCAGAGAUAAUCAUGUUCCCCACCUGGUGGAUUCACUAGUGGAGGGUGGACCAAAUCACCAAAUGACAGAAUUCUCAGGGCUGGGGAAGAGUCACUGCUGGCCACAGGAAAGUGAAUGAGGCAAGGGAACUCAGCCUCCAUGGUGGCUUGGACUCCUCCAGGCCAAUAGGAUGGGGAGGGUGCUGCACAUUCUGUGCAGCCUAGGGGUAGGGAAACAGAGUGACAGAUUCUAGGGGCUGGAGCAUGGACUGCAGGGGGCAGAAGGGGGUAGAGCAGAGAUGGGGCCAGGCUGAUGGGAAGACGCUGGAUGGAGGAUUUGGAUCCAUAUUUGUGGACAGCCAGGAGUCAACAAAGCAGGGAGAGGAUUCUCGGCUCCAGAGCAUUGGCUCUGACACAAGGGCUACUAUCACUGAGUGCCCACGUGUGCCCCACACUGUGCUAACCAUAAUAACAACUGCGAUCAUUGAGCACUCAUCAGGCACCAGGCUCUGCUUCUCGGAGGUUUUGUUGUUUAAUCUUCACACUAACCCAGGGAGGGAGGUUAUUACCCUUUGCGUUCACAGGGAGAUGAAGGCACAAACUCCAAGUCACAUAGCUAGAAAGUGGCCAAGCCAGGACUUGAACCCAGAGCCGUCCAUUGGGGCAGAGGCUGCUCCUCUCCCUGACACUGUGGCUUUGCUUCAGUGAGUGGGGCUAAACUGAAUGUGGUUUUCAAGUCUGUCCCAUCAAAUGGCUGGAGAAGGGGUCAGUGGACAUCCACUGUCCAUGGCCCAGCCCCAUGCAGGGUCCCAGCAAUGAGCAAGGCCCUUCCUUCCCAGCUCCCUGCCUGAGGAGAGACCUGCCCAGGCUGGUGUCAGAAGCUGGUAACCACAACCUGCUGGCCACCUGCACCCCAGGCCGAUACAGUGGGCCAUCAGCCAGGCUGGGGUGUUCUGAGCAAGAACUGAAGGCUUCUGAGAAGGUACAGGGAGUCUCUCCAGAGGAAGGGCAGAGUUGGGAGGGCAGCUCAGGUGAAGGGAGCAGCAUAGCAGGACAGGGAAAAUGCUUGGUGACCAAUGAGCAUGGUGUUCAGGGGGGCAGGAAAGAGGGAUGGGGCUUUGGGUAUCUGGACUAGGGUCUGGUGAGCCCUGGUGGCCGUGUCUGAGCUGGACUCUUUAUGCAUCCUUAGCACGGGUCACCUAUUCUUGUGAACCAAGGGUCGAGCUGGGGGUGUUGCUAGGGUUGCCCCCUGACCAACCAGGAAGUCAGGUAGAAGGACAUUCUGGAGAUAUGAAAAAAGAAGGUUUUGAGUGCAGGCAGGACCUGGGUAUCAUCCCCAGUGCAGUAGAGAGUCCAGAGCUUUAGGAGUGCAGAUUCUUGGUGGUGCACACCUGUAAUCCCAACAACUCAGGAGGCUAAGGCAGGAAGAUCUCAAGUUUGAGGCCACCCUGGGCAACUUAGCAAGACCUUGUCUCAAAAAAUAAGAGCUGCUAAGGAUGUAGCUCAGUGGUGGAGAGGCCUUGGGUUCAGUCCCCAGAACUGCAAAAAGGAGGAGUGCAAUUUCCCCUGGAGGGAACUUCUCAGGGCUACACUGCUCGCUAGGACCAGAGAGACCAGACCUGGGCUAAUAAGAGGACAGAGGGCAUGCUUGCAUGGUGAGAGGAGGGAGAUGUGACUGCAUCCUUGUUUCCUUGCUAAGUAAUGCUUAGUUACCAUGGGAUGGAGAGCAGAUAAGGACGCUGGAGUGGGUGUGGGAGCAUUUCAAACCACCCUACAGCAGUAGAAACACAAUUCUCCCCAGUUGUUCCCUCUUCUGACCCUGUUGGGAACCAGGAAAGGGAAAAAUCUGAUUCUAUUUUUGGUGGGGAGUCUCAAACUCUGGGAGGGAGAAAAGCUAGGGGCACUACCCUCGGUGCUGGGGAGAACUUGUAGUAUUGGUGGGAGGGGUCAGAUGGCCCGGAACUUGCCCCAGCUAUGCCCUUUGCCAGAUCUUGGAGCCUCAUUUAAAUAGGAUGACAGUCCCUUCCUCAUCAAGUGGCUGUGAAUGUCUGAAAGGCACUGGUGCUACAGUACAUACUUAACACUGCUUCCUCUCCUAUCCCUUUGACAUUCUCCAGGGGAAGGGCCAAGGCAGGGGAUGAGCAUGACUCCAGUGAGUAGACAGUUCUGUGUGAGUGUAUGCAUGUGUUUUGGGGACAGGUGGAAGGGACAGUGUGGUGGAAGGUCUGAAUAAGACUAGGCCCUAGUUCAGGGAUUCCUGAAAAUAUCUGUAUGGCCUUAGGAAAGUCAAUGAACCCCUUAGCCUCAGUCUUUCCAUCUGUGCAGUGGGUAAAGUAGUAUCCUAUCUCAGGGGUUUUGCAAGAAUUAAAUGAGAUUCUCCAUGGCAA